UUGAGGCCGGUGUCAGCUGAUUUACUGCAGCAGUGGCGGCUGUGGAUCCUUGCAACCCAGGCGGGGUGAGGGCGGCUGCAUCGGCGUGGGGUCCUUCGGGUUCGCCCACCAGGACUUGCCCGGCUGGUCCUCCUUGUGUACGCCGCCUCCUUUGCCUCCUUUGCGGGGACGCGCACAGCAUCUCCUACAGACAUGAUUAUCGCCUGAGGUGAAGAUUUGACAGGUUUGAAAACGCCAUGGCAGGAAACAGUCUAGUUCUGCCCAUUGUUCUUUGGGGCCGCAAAGCACCCACGCAUUGCAUUUCGUCAAUACUGUUGACAGAUGAUGGGGGUACAAUUGUAACUGGAUGCCAUGAUGGACAAAUAUGUCUCUGGGAUCUUUCAGUAGAACUGGAGGUUAAUCCCCGAGCACUGUUAUUUGGUCACACAGCAUCCAUCACUUGUUUGUCAAAAGCCUGUGCUUCUGGGGACAAACAGUACACUGUGAGUGCAUCUGCAAAUGGAGAGAUGUGCCUCUGGGACGUGAAUGACGGCAGAUGUAUUGAAUUUACAAAAUUAGCCUGCACACACACUGGCAUACAGUUCUACCAGUUCUCUGUUGGAAAUCAGCAAGAGGGAAGGCUUCUGUGCCAUGGGCAUUACCCUGAAAUCCUCGUCGUGGAUGCUACCAGCCUUGAGGUGUUGUAUUCUUUGGUGUCAAAGAUAUCGCCAGACUGGAUUAGCUCCAUGAGCAUUAUCCGCUCUCACCGGACACAAGAGGACACUGUGGUAGCGCUCUCCGUGACAGGUAUUCUGAAGGUGUGGAUUGUUACCUCUGAAGUUAGUGGAAUGCAGGAUACUGAGCCAAUAUUUGAGGAGGAAUCCAAACCAAUUUAUUGUCAGAAUUGCCAAAGCAUCUCUUUUUGUGCGUUCACUCAGAGGUCACUUUUGGUCGUGUGCUCCAAAUACUGGAGGGUGUUCGAUGCUGGCGACUACUCCCUGUUGUGUUCAGGUCCUAGUGAAAAUGGACAGACAUGGACUGGAGGGGACUUUGUGUCUGCAGACAAAGUCAUCAUUUGGACUGAAAAUGGGCAGAGUUACAUUUAUAAACUCCCUGCCAGUUGCCUUCCAGCUAGUGAUUCAUUCCGCAGUGAUGUGGGGAAAGCAGUUGAAAAUUUGAUUCCUCCUGUGCAGCAUAGUCUCUUGGAUCAGAAGGAUAAAGAGUUGGUAAUUUGUCCUCCAGUUACUCGAUUUUUCUAUGGAUGCAAGGAAUAUUUGCAUAAGCUACUAAUUCAGGGUGAUUCUUCUGGAAGGUUAAAUAUUUGGAACAUAGCAGACAUAGCAGAUAAGCAGGAAGCUGAUGAAGGGCUAAAAAUGACAACUUGUAUUAGUUUGCAAGAAGCAUUUGACAAACUGAAGCCUUGCCCUGCUGGAAUUAUCGAUCAGCUAAGUGUGAUUCCCAACAGCAAUGAACCUCUUAAAGUAACUGCGAGCGUCUACAUACCAGCACACGGGCGACUUGUUUGUGGCCGGGAAGAUGGAAGCAUUAUUAUUGUGCCUGCCACCCAGACAGCCAUAGUUCAGCUACUGCAAGGAGAACACAUGCUCAGAAGAGGUUGGCCCCCUCACAGAACGCUCCGUGGCCAUCGGAACAAAGUCACGUGUCUGCUGUACCCUCAUCAGGUCUCAGCCCGCUAUGAUCAAAGAUACCUGAUAUCUGGAGGUGUUGAUUUUUCUGUCAUAAUUUGGGACAUAUUUUCCGGAGAAAUGAAACAUAUCUUCUGUGUUCAUGGUGGUGAGAUCACACAACUUCUGGUCCCACCGGAAAACUGUAGUGCAAGAGUUCAACACUGUGUCUGUUCUGUAGCCAGUGACCACUCCGUAGGACUCCUAAGUCUGCGGGAGAAAAAAUGCAUCAUGUUGGCGUCUCGCCACCUGUUUCCUAUUCAGGUGAUCAAGUGGAGGCCUUCUGAUGACUACCUGGUGGUGGGAUGCACAGACGGCUCUGUGUAUGUCUGGCAGAUGGACACUGGUGCGCUGGAUCGCUGUGCGAUGGGCAUAACAGCAGUGGAGAUUCUGAAUGCUUGUGACGAAGCCGUUCCUGCGGCUGUAGACUCACUUAGUCACCCAGCAGUCAACCUGAAACAAGCCAUGACCAGACGGAGUCUCACCGCCCUUAAAAACAUGGCCCACCAUAAGCUGCAAACCCUUGCAACUAACCUUUUGGCUUCUGAGGCCUCUGACAAGGGGAAUUUACCUAAAUAUUCUCAUAACUCCCUGAUGGUUCAAGCAAUAAAGACAAACCUAACAGACCCGGAUAUCCAUGUGCUUUUCUUUGAUGUGGAAGCUUUGAUUAUUCAGCUCCUGACUGAAGAAGCCUCUAGGCCGAAUACUGCACUUAUUUCCCCAGAGAAUCUGCAGAAAGCAUCUGGCAGUUCAGACAAAGGGGGCUCUUUCCUAACUGGAAAACGAGCAGCAGUUCUUUUCCAGCAAGUGAAAGAAACUAUCAAAGAGAACAUAAAGGAGCACCUCCUCGAUGAGGAGGAGGAUGAGGAGGAGGUGAUAAGGCAGAGGAGGGAAGAAAGUGACCCUGAGUACCGUGCCAGCAAGUCCAAGCCACUGACCCUACUAGAAUACAACCUUACUAUGGAUACUGCAAAAUUAUUCAUGUCCUGUCUCCACGCCUGGGGCUUGAAUGAAGUUCUGGAUGAAGUUUGUCUCGAUCGCCUCGGAAUGCUGAAACCACACUGCACCGUGUCCUUUGGUCUCUUAUCGAGAGGAGGUCAUAUGUCAUUGAUGCUUCCUGGUUAUAAUCAGGCUGCCGGAAAACUGCUACCUGCGAAAGUAGAAGUAGGAAGGAAGCUGCCAGCCACGGAAGGUGUAGGCAAGGGGACCUACACAGUGUCUCGGGCGGUCACCACUCAGCAUCUGCUGUCCAUCAUAUCCCUGGCAAAUACUUUAAUGAGUAUGACCAAUGCAACUUUCAUUGGAGAUCACAUGAAGAAGGGCCCCACCAGGCCGCCUAGACCAGGCACCCCAGACCUUUCUAAGGCAAGGGAUUCCCCUCCAUCCUCCAGUAACAUUGUGCAAGGACAGAUUAAACAAGGAUGGAGCCAGUUAGCUGCCAUGCACUGUGUUAUGCUGCCUGACCUUCUGGGGCUGGAUAAAUUCAGGCCUCCUCUCCUGGAGAUGCUAGCUCGAAGAUGGCAAGACCGAUGCUUGGAGGUGAGAGAGGCUGCACAGGCCCUGCUUCUAGCAGAGCUGAGAAGAAUUGAGCAGGCAGGACGGAAGGAGACUAUCGACACCUGGGCUCCUUACUUACCUCAAUAUAUGGAUCAUGUCAUAUCACCUGGAGUCACGGCAGAAGCCAUGCAGACUAUGGCAGCUGCUCCAGAUGCGUCAGGGCCAGAAGCCAAAGUCCAGGAAGAAGAGCAUGACCUCGUGGAUGAUGACAUCACUACUGGUUGCUUAUCAAGUGUUCCACAAAUGAAAAAAAUUUCCACUUCUUAUGAAGAAAGAAGGAAGCAGGCCACGGCUAUUGUUCUCCUGGGAGUGAUAGGGGCAGAAUUUGGAGCUGAAAUUGAACCACCGAAACUGCUGACCAGACCUCGAAGCUCUAGUCAAAUUCCUGAAGGAUUUGGCUUGACAAGUGGAGGCUCCAACUACUCACUGGCCAGACAUACUUGCAAGGCACUGACAUUUCUUCUGCUACAGCCACCAAGUCCCAAACUUCCUCUUCAUAGCACCAUCCGGAGAACUGCCAUUGACCUGAUUGGGCGAGGGUUCACUGUGUGGGAGCCUUACAUGGACGUGUCCGCUGUCCUGAUGGGGCUGCUGGAGCUCUGCGCAGAUGCUGAGAAACAACUUGCCAACAUCACAAUGGGGCUGCCUCUGAGCCCUGCAGCUGACUCUGCCCGCUCCGCAAGGCACGCCCUUUCUCUCAUUGCCACCGCCAGACCACCCGCCUUCAUCACCACCAUAGCCAAGGAGGUACACAGACACACGGCCCUUGCAGCAAAUACCCAGUCACAGCAGAGCAUACACACCACCACCCUGGCGAGGGCUAAAGGCGAAAUCCUCAGAGUCAUUGAAAUUCUCAUUGAAAAGAUGCCUACGGAUGUUGUGGAUCUUCUUGUCGAGGUUAUGGACAUCAUCAUGUACUGCCUUGAAGGAUCGUUAGUUAAAAAGAAGGGUCUUCAGGAAUGUUUCCCAGCUAUCUGCAGGUUCUACAUGGUCAGCUAUUAUGAGCGGAGUCACAGAAUUGCAGUUGGAGCACGCCAUGGCUCAGUAGCCCUGUAUGACAUCCGGACUGGAAAAUGUCAGACAAUCCAUGGACACAAGGGACCAAUCACUGCAGUGUCCUUUGCUCCUGAUGGGCGUUAUCUUGCCACCUACUCAAACACCGACAGCCACAUUAGUUUCUGGCAGAUGAACACCUCACUCCUGGGAAGCAUUGGCAUGCUGAACUCCGCACCUCAGCUGCGCUGCAUCAAGACCUACCAGGUACCUCCAGUGCAGCCUGCAUCUCCUGGCUCCCACAACGCCCUUAAGUUGGCCCGGCUCAUCUGGACUUCCAACCGGAAUGUUAUCCUCAUGGCCCAUGAUGGGAAGGAACACCGCUUCAUGGUCUGACCCUGCUGUUGCUGUCCUGACUGUCGAUUGAUUUUGUAUUGUCUAGGCCGAUGUUGCUCUGUCCUCCUACUGGACUAUUGCUUGCUUCCUGCCCCCUCAAUGCCAUCCAGGACCAUGGCCCAGUGUGUGUCAUUUGCGCAUGCUUCGUGGGGGCAGAUUCCACAUGGGCAGCAGCAGCCUAUCAAUUUAAAGGCACGCACAUACUACUCAACAGGAUGUGACCAUUCUGUUACUAGGUAGUUUUUCCCUGCCAGAGAUAGGAGGGGACAGCUAGUGGUUCCUGGAGAUGGUCUUGUUGCUUGAUGCAACAGAAGCCUGAGAAUCAAUAACCAGUGUGAUGGCACUCCCAGCCCUAGAAGCCUAGCUUGGACCUGGAUGCUGGCGUGAUGUGGAGUCCUCCUUAUUGAAAUGAGUUCCCUUUGGAUUUCCCAAACAUACUGUUGUUUACUAAACCACUCCAUGUUUACAGUUUUUUUUCCUACUAGCAAUUGAUAGGCAGUUACUCAAGUCCGUGUCCAAGGAUUUAUCCGCUACCUUCUCAGUAACACCAAUCCUGAUUUGAGAACAUAGUAAGAAAAAAUUAAAUUACAUACAUAUUUUUCCUUCUAGAAAAGCUUUCUAGAUAGCUAGCUUUCUAAAUGCUCAUUUCUGGUUAAACGUUAGUAGAUUUCAUAGUUUAAAAUACAGAUCAUCACUAUUCACCAUGCAGUGACUAUAGCCAACCUUCUAAGGGGACUUUCAACAAACAACCAAGUUUAGAAGCAUAGCAUGUUUAUAUAGUGAAGUGUCACCCAUGUGUCACUAGGUUCUCCUGCUCAGGAAAGGCCUCCUCUUGGGUUCUUUCACAUGUUCUCAGGUGUACAACAAUGUCACUUACAGUGAUCAUUUCAACCUGAGCUUCCAAAUUCUGACCAGUGAAAGAAUAGCUAGGAAGGCAUUUAAGUCAGCAUCUUAGAAAUCUCAUAACUGUGUAGACACACUGUUCAAGGUGUACAGAAAAUGUGAAGACUGUCAGUCUGCUUGAGUGGACACUACAGUGAAAUUGUUCAUGCUUCAACCCAAGCCUCACUUCACUCUCUUCUUGUGUCAAGUUAUGUUGGUCUAGUUGUAAUGGAAGAAAAAAUCCAUAACAGCAUUUCGUAUGAGUUGUUCCUAAAUCUUUUGAUUUGUAUUAGUGGAGGUUGAUUUGUGUUUUGGUCGAUUGGUUAGUUACAUAAGAUUGUUUAUUAUAUAUAAAAAUUGAAAAGGAGUUACUGAAUUCAAAGAAAAUAUAUAUAAAUAUAUAAUAUUAACAGAGUAAAGUGAUAAUGAGAGCAUUUAGUCUCAAACUCAUAGACUGCCAAAGUUUAUGUCACAUGUAGAAAAGUAGGAUCAAGGUCCAUGAAUAAACACAUAGUUUACAGUCCUUCAAAGAACAUGUGAAGAAGCUAAUGAAUGCCCUCCGUGUCUUUUGCCUAGCGAUAUGUGUUAUUUUCAUUGAUGGCAACUCUAUACUGUCUCUUGGGUUUUGAUGUUGGGGUUCUUUCAAAAGUGAAUUUAUUUCACAUGCAUGUAUAUUGUAUUUAUAAUGAUUAUAUAUGUAGCUUCCAAGAAAGAAACCAAGAACUCUACAGUGUAGACAUUUGUGACCAUGCUAAUAUAUCUGAUGUAGAUGGAGACAUGUCCAGCGACCUCUAGAGCCUGCUGUCUGCUCAACACAGAUUUACUUGAUGAACUUUAGAGGGAGAAGUUAAACUAGUUAGAAUGAUAAGCAAACACAGAACUUUGUUUUUGUUUUUUUAAGCAAAAUGUUCUAUACAUUUUGAAAGAGAUACAGGACUGGAAGUCAACAACAGAUGCUAUCACAUCAUAGAGAUGGGCACAAAGCAGUGAGGUCACAGGACAAACUUCUGGUCAUAGGUCCAGGCCAGUCCUUCCGUGCACUGUGUAUAUGUUCAGAAGAGCACAAGGACUAUAAAACUCUGUGCACAUAAAGCUUCAUGCUAGAAGAGUCACUAACUGAUAGAGUGUCAUUCACAUUCUUGUUAACAUAACGCUCUCUUGCUGUUUUGACAACCAUAGUCCCCAGCUUCAUCUCAGUGUGGAUUCCUCAACACUGGGGUAAACUUUGUAUUGUCAUCCUCCCAGUAUGGUUGUAGUGUUUUAUUGAUUUUGUUGACACAGCACUUGGACCCGUCCUUGUAAAUAUAAAGACAUAUGUGGCUUCAGUGGUAAUUUACAAGCAAAAGGUGACAUGAUGUGACACCUGUAUGAAAACGUUGUCAUGUUUGACACUGCACAUAGUGGCUGAGUUAAAAUGUCUUACCUCCUAAGGCAUUCUGGCUGAAUGCAUUUAAUAGAUCCUAUAUGUAUGUUUAACAUUGCUGUGUACAUACUUGUGUUAAAUAAAAUUGAAGUGUACUGAA